AUGAAAAGAAGAGAAGUAAAAGGGCCUCCUUCAACAGAUCUGUUAGUGUGUUUUCCCACAAGAUCUCAUCUUACAUUGAUGCCGAAAACAAUUUCUAGCCCAUCAAGAUCCUCCUCAACUACACAUAAAAACCACCAUUGCGGAAAAUCAAUAGGUAAUGGUGGUCAUGAUUGUAGUUUAUGGCCCAAAAGGAACCAAGUUGGGUCCGAGCUAUCUGAGCCAACCUCUCCAAAAGUGACUUGUGUUGGACAGAUCAAGGCUCGGCCCAAGUCUAGAUCAUGCAAGAAUUGGCAAUCGGUUAUGGAAGAGAUUGAGAGACUUCAUAAUAGCAAGAAAGAUAAAAAGAAACCAACUUGGGGUGAUGUAAUAGGGUUCAAGAAAGAAUCCAUGCAAUUCUUGACAUCUUUGAGGAGUUUAAAAUUUGAUUUAGGAUGUUUUGGUGCAUUUCCAAAUGCAGAUAUUAUUUCAAACGAAGAUGAAGAUGAAGACGGCGAAGAUGAAGUGGGAUCAUCAAAAAGUACAUUUUCAAAAUGGUUUAUGGUUUUAGAGGAGAAUCAAGAUUGUGGUUUGCAUGGAAAAGAAAAAAUUAAAACACCUAAUAAAGAUGAUUACAAUAAUGAUGAUGUAACUCAAGCUCCAUGUGUGCCACCAUCAAAUGCACUCUUGUUGAUGCGAUGUCGUUCAGCACCUACGAAAAGCUUGUUAGAAAAGAAGCAAGACGUAGGAGAUGAUGAUGACGAUAAUGAUGAAGAACACGACAAAGAUGAUCAUGAUUGUGAUCAUAAUAAUGAGAAUGAUGAUGAUGAAAAGAAAAGGGAAAAUUUGAUGGAGUUGAUGAAAUAUGAAGGUGAUUAUUUUUACAAACUAUCAUGUGAUAUUGCAAAAGAAACGUGGAUUGUUGGUGGAUCCAAGAAAGAACCAAUUUCAAGAACUCAAAGUUCAAAAAGAUGUUCAACCGAAUGUCUUCAAGAAGUUAAAGCUUGUUUACAAUGA